AUAGUUUUGUUGUUCGAGAUGUAUCUUUGUUGUUAUACAGAUACCGUUGCAACAUAUAAAGUCACUGUUGCUUUUAGGAAAGUGAAUUCGGUAUUUGAUAGAAAGUGUGCUUGUAGAAAACAGUCUUGUUGUUUUCGUUCACUUCGUUGUGGAGCAGAUAAACCUUCGUGGGAAAAGUUAACCUCUGCAAAAGAAUUGGUUGAAAAACUAAAACGUUUAGAUCCCCAGAAAGACUCCAAGCUUUAUCAACAACUAAAAAGUAAAAUUCGGCAUAUCUCAAAAUCGAUUCCUCUCCAGGUAGACCACGAACCAGUCUCCGUUAUUUACGAGGAUGAUCACGUGCUGGUGGUUAAUAAACCAUCAGGUCUCAGUAUGUCCCCAAAACACCGUUUUUUGGGUGGCACACUUUUGAAUCGUUUGAUAGGCUAUCUUGGAUAUACUCCCCACGUAUGUCAUCGGCUGGAUAUGGAAACUUCUGGAGUGGUGCUAUUUGCAAAACAUCCAACAAGUGCUCGAAAAAUUCAUCAACAGUUCUGUAUGCAUCAAGUAGAAAAAUUGUAUCUAGCAAUAGUUUAUGGUAAACCUCAACAAACUUAUUUCGAAGUUCGUGCCCCUAUAGCAUUAGACCCUGAACGCAAAAUAUCCAGAAAAGUUUCCAAUAAUGGCAAAGAAGCAAUCUCCCAAUUUCUAUUAGUCGACAGUUGCAAAGAAUUUAACUGUUCUCUUGUCAUUGCGAUGCCUCUGACAGGAAGAACUCAUCAACUUCGAAUCCAUCUACACCAUGCAGGGCAUCCAAUCGUUGGAGACUUGUUGUAUCAGGAUACUUCGAAAUACAGAGACGUCACAAAAAAUUAUAUGAAUGACGAGCCAAGAGCCUAUUGCUGGAAGAAACUAAAACUGCACGCAUGGAAACUGCGCUUCCUUCAUCCCCUUACAGGCGAACAGCAAACAUAUGAAGCAUUUCUUGAACGAGAAUUUAUCCAAUUACUUGACUUGUUACGCCUUCCAACACCUCGUGAUGAAGUACUGUCUACUCAGAUGUCUUUGUUCCCUUCCUUUUCAAAGUGGAUAAAUAACGUUUAGGAAAUUGACUAGUUAUCGCUUUUCUUGUUGCCUUUUACAAGAGUUGAAACUGCAGUUUUGGCGCUGUCCAUAGCUUCUGUAGUUUGUCGCAACAUUCUUUUGGAAAGUUUCUCUCCAAAUAACCUUGUAUUAUCUAUAUAUUGCGCUCUUAAUAACGUAUCUGUCAAUGACUGACAAUGCUGUAAAUAACGCUUCCAAAAACUCUGUACUCGGACAGCUAAUGGAUACAACUGUGCUUUUGCUUGAUGGGAGACAGCUACUAUAACACUCGGAACUGUCACGAUAGAAAAACUUAAAGGCCUCAAAGUUUCGUCAUUUUGUUUUUUUGUAUUUUUAUCUUUGGAAGGUGAAGUUUCGGGAUCUGUUGGACCUUG